GCGGAGGUGCAGUGUGUCGCGAUGCGGCUUAUCUGGGCGAGUACAUUCGAGGGCUGAGCCUUUGUCUGCGAACGGAUCGAGGCAUUGUGCGUGGAAGUCUACCAUUUGCACUAAUUAAUCCUAUUAUUUUCGGGGAAGACAUCGUCGCGAGCCGCCGGAGUGAGGAUUAUCUGUUUGUGGUGAGUGCAGUGCGGAUAAUUUCGAGUGCAUUUCAAGGGGGACGCUGUUAAGUUGGGCGUUAGUGUUCGCAUACCGGGUGUGCGAAUUUCACGUUAUUGAAUGUUUUGGGUAACUAUUCUGACCGAAUUCAGUAAAACUUAACAGCCUCCCUAUUGAUUUAUACAGAAGUAAAAAAACACCCAACACGAACGCCUAAAUAAUUCGAGCACGAACGAAGCCCCCACCUCGCAAAGUGCACCAGGAAAACCGCCAGCCUUCCCGUCCGGACGCCACCUAGGCAAUACCCACCAGAAGGAGCCUCAAAAAUAACCCCGCCGAGAUGCGGGAAGUCUGCAAAGGCAGCGCUGUGGUCGCGGCGGUCGUCGCCGUCCUCGAGAAGCAGCAGACUCUGAACGGCACCAGGCACUUCGGCUCGUCCAAAAGGGAGCCCAGCAUGCCCGAGAGCGACGGUUCCCCUUCUAAAAAUAGCCGCUACCAGGACGACCAGCUCAGCUUCGAGUCCGCCGUGAAGGAUUUCGAUUCCGUGGCGGAGGACGUGCAGAAGAUCUGCGCCACGGACUCGCUGAAGAGGACCCGCAACGUCGAAACGGACGGUCGGUGCCAGAACGGCGCGUUCGCGACGGGCGACGAGGAAGGGUCUAGUGAUGACUCGGAUAGCGACGAGAGCAGUGAUAGUGAGUCGGAUAGUGACGAGGAGAGGGAGCAUGUGAUCAGUGAGGGACUGGCGACCAUUGCCGAGGAGCUUAGCAGCGCCCACUCAUACCAAGGACACGAUGACGAUUCUAGUCUUGAGGCUGAAUCGACUCUAAAGGGUCGAAAUCAUGCAUGGUCGGGCAGUUUAUCAAAUCAGGGGUCUACAUCCGAUCUGUCGACAACCUCUUCGGACCAACAACAUUUAAAAGACAGUUCCACGCGGUGCAACAACGAUUUCCAAUGGAUCCGUAAGGAGUCCCCCAAACCCGCCUCGCCCAAAAUGGAGGAUCUCGAGCAGAUUCCCGUGAGCAAACCUCCCCUUAACCGCCCCUUGCGCGACAAGGCUCCCCGUAGAGAAAAAACCGCCCCCGGAAGCCUAGACCGCCGACGACACCCUUCUAACCGCCAGGAGAGGGAUCAGAAGUCCCGAUCGACCCAUGUACCUAAAAGUCCUCCAAGGAUAGAAGAUUUCAUGCCCUGUCAGAACUGGUGCUGCAAUCCCCAUGAAUUCUGCUUCGAAAACUUUCAAAGAAGACACGAGAGAUUGGAUCCCCAGAGGUAUGGGAGUAACCCCAUGCUGGAGCAGCAUCAGCAUCCGAGGUAUAUGGACAGGGGUAGUCAUCCGGACAUCUACGGUGACUGUGGGAGAUACAGGCACGAGAUGCAGUGUUGUGCGUACCAUAUGGCUCCUCCACCGUGCUGCUUCUAUGGGGAUAGGAGUUACCAUUGGACGCCGCCUCCAUAUCCUAAGCCGGGGGAGCAAGAUGAGAAGUUCCGCAAGAUCCAGUACGAGAGGGACAACCUCCAACUGCAGGUGCAAGUCCUCACCGAGCAGAUCGAGGCCCAGUCCGACAAGAUCUCCGAUUUGGAGAAGCUGCUGCAGGAAAAGAAGCAGCUCCUGUCAGAGACCGAGGAGAAAUUACAAAGGGAAGUCUUAUCUAGAUCAUCACUAGAAACACAGAAACUAGAACUAAUGUCUAUAAUGAGUGAAUUAAAACUUCAACAAGCAGCUCUGGAAAGGGAAAACCUAGAAUUAAGAAACAGUCAGUAUAAUAACAACUCUGAGGGAAAGAAACCACCCAUCAUGCCCAGGAUGUCGUCGCAACCUCAGCUAUCCUCGACGCCUGUGCAACACCCUCCUAAUCAGGCUUUGAGCAUAAGAAUGACUCCGUCUCCAAGCCCAUUGGGACCUGCUAGUAACAGUCCAAGGAGAAUGGAAACAUCAACUCCCAUUCAACAAGAGGGUCAACCACCAAAGACACCCCCAUCAACAUACAAAAGGCAGAUUGACAUCCAGUACGGGAGCCUGCCGAGGCAGCAGUUCAUAGCGAACGGCAGCAGCGCUGUGGACGGCAACGCCAACCCCGCGAACGGCGCCAAAAAAGGGGUGGCCUUCGGUAGGGGACUUUCCUCUCUGGUGGGGGGCAGACUCAGGGGCUUCUCGGUACCCAACCUAGCUGAAACAGAAAAAAUAAUGAUAGACGAGGGCUCGCACGAGUCGCCGAGUUCUCCCACUCUCUCAUUUAACAAAACCAAAGGAAUCAAGAAGAUAUUCGGCCGAAUGAAACGGUCGGGCUCUGGCAACUUGGAAGACCUGCCUGGGUUAAACGAAUUCCAAAGAGGCGGCGUUAGAGCCACGGCGGCCGCCAGGUUAGGAUGGAGCGAACCGCAUAUCACACCAAGACCGGACAAACCGUUUGCCGAAUGGGACACGGAGAACAUCUGCGACUGGUUGCAAGACCUAGGACUAGACAGCUACAUAAUAGACGCCAAACGGUGGGUGAAGUCGGGCCAGCAGUUUCAAGAAGCCUCCAUAAAUGAAAUAGAGAAGGAAUUGAACAUAAAAAAUCCCCUUCACCGAAAGAAACUACAGCUGGCCCUCAUCGAUACCCAAGAGAACGGAUCCAGCGAUCCUUACUUAACCAAAGCGGGUAAAUUGGAUACUGCGUGGGUCUUGAGGUGGUUAGACGAUACGGGAUUGCCUCAGCACAAAGAAAACUUCCUGAUAAACAGGGUGGACGGGCGGCUACUGCACAGAUUGACGAUGGACGAUCUGGCGUUGUUGCAUGUUACCUCUAUGCUGCACGUUGCCAGCGUAAAAAGGGGUAUUCAGGUGCUCAGGGAGAAUAAUUACGAGCCAGGGUGCUUGCAGAGGAGAUCGUUACCGGACGACCAGCCACAGCCCAUACCAAAGCAAAUAUCACUAUGGACGACUCACAGGGUAAUGGAAUGGCUGAGAGCCGUAGACCUGGCAGAAUACGCCCCCAAUCUAAGAGGAGCAGGUGUGCAUGGAGGUCUAAUGGUUUUGGAACCAAAGUUUAACGCAGAAUUGCUCGCAACUUUAUUGUCGAUACCUCCAGGAAAGACAUUAUUGCGACGGCAUCUCAACACGCAUUUUAAAGAACUGCUGGGAAAGGAUAUCAUUCAGGAAAAGAGGGAACUCGAGGCAACGAUGGGAUAUAUUCCGCUUACACCAUCUUCCAAGUUAAAGAUUGCAAAGAAGUCUCAGUUUUCCUUGAAAAGAAAGAAAUCAAAAGGAGAAGCGGACUAUGGAGACCUAGUUUGUCCGUUGAAUCCGGAAAAGACAGGUGAACUGACAGGUUCUGCUCUUAACAGCUCGAUGGGUAUGAUGAGGAUGGAAAGCCUAGAGGGAGAGGGUGCCUCUCGUCACGUUGAAUACAAGCCGGUGAGAUCUCUACCAGCCUCCAUAACCAACUCUCCGGUUCCGCAAAGACACGUCUGAUAAUAAUUAACUAUUAAGUAAAAAAAGUAACCGGAACAUAUACAUUAGUAUUAUAUCUAGUAUUUAUGACAUGUCUUCCCCAGAUUUGCCUUAGAGAAUUGCGUAGGAGUCCUUGGAUUUGUCAGGUUUCUGCGGCUUCAGUAUUAAAACAAACAUCAAAUCAGAAGUGGGAUUGAUUUGAACUUCGCAUAAAAAGCUAAUUCUUAUAUACAUAAAUCACAAAUCAAUUUCAGUACUAAGAAAAUAGCAGCAGAAUCCUGAGAAUUUAUUUUACCUUUGUGACAAAUUUUGACUUUAUAAUUUUAUCUUUUAGUAGUAGUAGAUAAUUCUUCACAAAAACGGGCAGAUCCUAUUUUUCAGGUUUUUUUUGUAAAAAACCAUAUGAAUAAAUAUGGGCGGUAUACGAAGCGAGUGCAAUUUUUGUUUCCCACCUCUAAAGUGACGUGGUUAAAAACUAUAUACAAAUGGGAAUUGUAUUAAGGAGGAAACGACUAAAAAAAAAACUAAUUUUGGCAGCAACAAUUCA